UUUAUGUUUCUGCAAAAUGUUAUUUCUGUUUACUGCAUGUUCCACUUUAAGCGUAUUCAACAUUAUUCAAACAAUUUAUUGAAAAAUAAAACCGUUUAUAAAACAGUAGCACACACAGAACAAUACAAAACAACACAAUUAAAGCUUAGUGAAGGACAUCGAACAACGAUUACACAAAUUAAUAUAUUUACAAGAUAGGAUGAAACUUAAAUACAUGAGGUGUGUGUGUAGCAUUCAAGCCUUUUCAGUGAAAGCAUUGCGUCACUGGUCCGUCGCCUGGUAUUUUAUUCUGAAGCUCCGGACCGGAAGUCGUCCUGCCCCCGCAGCCGCUCCGUCUUGACUCCAGCAGCGUGCAGCUCGUACUUCACAGGCAGCCGGCGGAGGAGAGACACCAGUCCGAGUUGGUUGAUCCGAGGCGACGAAACGCACCGAACUGGCAUCCAGAGGAGCGGACCGAGGAGUGACCCGCGUCCAGUCCGCCUCCUGCUCAUCCUCCUCCACACCGCGACAGGAUGAACGGGUUCUGGAGGUCUGGACUCUUUGGACCGCAGCAGCGCGCAGCGGUGAUCAGGAUUUAGUGGAGAGAAGUUGGUUUUUCGCAGCGGCGGUGCCCGAGACCGAAGACUCUCGCUGUCAAGUCGUGAGGGGGAUUUCUGACUUCUUCUUCUUCUUCUUCUUCUUCUUUUUUUUUUCUUUUCCGCUGUCGCCAAACUGCUCGCAGAGGCGCGAGGACGCGCAGGAUUCUAACGUAGUUUUGUGGGUUUCUGGGAAGUUUAAAGGAGAAUUACGGCUGUUUGUGCUUCUUCUGAAUGCCUGGAGAAAUCUGAAAGGCUGAUAUUUGCCAUCACAACGGGAUACUUUCAUAUUAGGUCGGCGUCGGGGAGUUGUUGGAUACUUUCUCGCGGCGACAGAGGCCGCCCUUCUGCUGGACAGCAUGCGAACGGAGGAUGUCGCGUGAGUCGGAGUCGGGCCUCGCUGCUCUGCGUCUCACCUCGUCGUCCAGAGGAAUGACGGCUCUGUGGUGCUCACUCUGGCUUUCCUUCCUCCUGCCUCUGUGCGUCGCUCCGGCCAGGCUGCCCACCGCUCAGCCCACAGACUCUGUGUCCAGCGAGACAGCCUUCCUGGAGGACUAUGUUCUAGGCAUGGGGGACACCCUGGAAAUGUCAUGUGACCUGGAGGACCACUCGGAGCCCGUCGUCUGGUUCAAAGACGGCGCCGGGCUGGUGCCUGGCAACCGGACGCGGCUGGGCCAGAGGAUGCUGCGCAUCAUCAACGUGUCGUACGAGGACUCGGGCGUCUACUCGUGCCGACUCGCCCACAGCAACACGCUGCUCAGCAACUACACCAUCCGGGUGACAGAUUCUCUGUCGUCCGGUGAUGAUGAAGAUUACGACGAAGAUCCAGAAGAUGCAGGUAAUGGAAAUGAAGCUCCGUAUUGGACCAGGCCUGACCGGAUGGACAAGAAGCUCUUGGCCGUUCCUGCCGCCAACACCGUCAAGUUCCGCUGUGCGGCGGCCGGGAACCCGACGCCGACCAUCCACUGGCUGAAGAACGGCAAAGAGUUCAAGGGGGAGCAGAGGAUGGGAGGCAUCAAGCUGAGACACCAGCAGUGGAGCCUGGUGAUGGAGAGCGCCGUGCCAUCCGACCGGGGGAACUACACCUGCGUGGUGCAGAACAAGUACGGCGCCAUCACCCACACCUACCAGCUGGAUGUGCUAGAGCGCUCCCCUCACAGGCCCAUCCUCCAGGCGGGCCUGCCGGCCAAUCAGACGGUGGUGGUCGGCAGCGACGUGGAGUUCCACUGUAAGGUGUACAGCGACGCCCAGCCACACAUCCAGUGGCUGAAGCACAUCGAGGUCAACGGCAGCCGCUACGGUCCCGACGGCGUUCCCUACGUCAACAUCCUGAAGAGUGUUGUCAGUAACCACACUGAGGCCCACAGUAAGUUGAAACUGUCCAACGUGACAGACAGAGAUGCCGGGAAGUAUUGGUGUCGCGCCUCCAACUUUGUAGGCAAGUCGGAAAACGCUUUCUGGCUUAAGGUGCACGAUCCAGCAGUGAGCCCAGAGAAGGAGGAUUACUACGCCGACAUCCUCAUCUACGUGACGGGCUGCGUGCUCUUCAUCCUCGCCGUGAUCAUCGUCGUGCUUUGCCGCAUGAGGAUGACGACGCAGAAGACGCUGCCGACGCCGCCCGUGCAGAAGCUGUCAAAGUUCCCCCUCAAGAGACAGGUAACAGUGUCCUUGGAUUCCAACUCCUCCAUGAACUCCAACACCCCGCUGGUCCGGAUCGCCCGCCUGUCCUCCAGCGACGGGCCGAUGCUCGCCAACGUCUCGGAGCUGGAGCUGCCCUCCGACCCCAAAUGGGAGUUUCCUCGAACACGGCUCACUCUGGGUAAACCUCUGGGCGAGGGCUGCUUCGGUCAGGUGGUGAUGGCCGAGGCCGUCGGCAUCGACAAGGAGAAGCCCAACAAGCCGCUCACUGUUGCUGUGAAAAUGCUGAAAGAUGACGCCACAGAUAAAGAUCUGUCGGACCUGGUGUCGGAGAUGGAGAUGAUGAAGAUGAUCGGAAAACACAAAAACAUAAUCAACCUGCUGGGAGCGUGCACGCAGGACGGUCCUCUGUACGUCCUGGUGGAGUACGCAUCCAAAGGCAACCUGAGGGAGUACCUGCGGGCACGUCGGCCGCCCGGCAUGGACUACUCCUUCGACACCUGUAAAAUCCCCGACGAGCAGCUCACCUUCAAAGACCUGGUGUCCUGCGCCUACCAGGUCGCCCGAGGCAUGGAGUACCUCGCCUCGCAGAAGUGCAUCCACAGAGACCUGGCAGCCAGAAACGUCCUUGUGACGGAGGACAACGUUAUGAAGAUCGCCGACUUCGGUCUCGCCAGAGACGUGCACAAUAUAGACUACUACAAAAAGACCACGAACGGUCGCCUGCCCGUGAAAUGGAUGGCUCCGGAGGCUCUGUUCGACCGGGUCUACACGCACCAGAGCGAUGUGUGGUCCUAUGGGGUGUUGCUGUGGGAGAUCUUCACCCUGGGAGGCUCGCCGUACCCGGGGAUCCCAGUCGAGGAACUGUUUAAGCUGCUGAAGGAGGGACAUCGGAUGGACAAACCUGCCAACUGCACACACGAGCUGUACAUGAUCAUGAGGGAGUGCUGGCACGCGGUGCCGUCGCAGAGACCGACCUUCAGACAGCUGGUAGAAGAUCACGACCGGGUUUUAUCGAUGACCUCCACCGAUGUAAGUCUCCACGCACAGCUGCUGCUCACCGAUAACACGGAAGCGCCGCGAAGAACGCAAAACGAGUACCUGGACCUGGCGGUGCCCUUCGAGCAGUACUCGCCCACCUGUCAGGACUCCAACAGCACCUGCUCCUCAGGAGACGACUCGGUUUUCGCCCACGACCCGCUGCCUGACGAGCCCUGUCUUCCCAAACAGCUCCCCAGUAACGGGGUGAUUAGGACAUAGAGUCUGAGCUGAGGAGGGGGGGUGUCGGACUUUAACCUCCCCCUCGCAGUUUUGUGACGAACACAAACACCUCUCAGUGACUUUAAGCUCCUCAAGAUAUGGAAAUGAAAAACUCUGCAUGCAAUACUUCCACAGUGCUUCAGCUCUUCGAUUCGUCUUAAACUCGAAAUCCUCCUCCUCCUCCUCCUGCUACCCAAGAGACUCUCGAAACAUUGAAGGAUUAUUUUUUUUGCCGUUGAACCAUGUUUGUGUUCGUCUUUUCAGAAAUUGAAAUUAUAUUUUUGUACUCGGGCCAGUCUUUUGUUACAGACAAUCUGUGGGGAUGAAACCAUUCCGUGCCUACUGGGAUAAAAAAAAAAAAAAAAAAAAACCUCCUGAGACUGAAAAGGACUUUUUUAAAAAAAAAGGAUGUAAGAGGAGGGAAUGAAGGGCAUUGGUCAGUGACUGGUUGGCGAUCCAGUAGGCGAGGACCUCAGAGUUUUUAUCCUCCUGUCUGCACGGAGCCCGCAGAUCGCGAUGAAACUUCACGAUCUUCAGAAACAAAAGAAAACACCCGUCAACAUACCAGCAAAGCCAGAAUCAACUCGAUGAUGGGACUUGUUCUUCCGUAGACUUUCGAUAACACGUCGCAGCUUGCAGAGAGGACAACACGAGCAUAUUAAAAGUGUUUCUCAUCGAUUUCUUACGCCCAUCGACACGUUUUAGCAUCCCGGGGGAAAAAACAAAAAAAAACAAAACAGUUUUGUGAUAAUCGUGGCACAAAAUCGAAGCAUCAGGGCCAUUCAGUAAUUAAUACACUUAAAGUUUGGAGGCUUUUCUUCUUUUUUUUAUUAUGUAUCUAGAAAAAUGAUUUAUUGUAAAUAUAUAAAUGCAAAUAUGUAUCAUAUUGCUGUCCACAGCCAUGUACUUAAAAGACAAAAAAAUUACCUUUUCUUAAAGUAUUGUUUUUAGGAUGGAAGCAAUCUAGAAGACACUGUCAUGAAAGUGUAAAUCAUUUAAUCAUUUAAAGUGAUACAGAAAAAAGGUUUAUUUGAAUAAUUAACGUGUAUAUUUGUAAAGAUAUUUAUAGACUUAACAUGUGGUUCUUAAGUUUGAAAGGUCUAGUUUAGGAUUUUAGUACUGUACGCAAAGAUUUUUAUUUCUUUUUUUUUGUUUUUUGUAACUUAUUUUACAAACAGAACUGCGACGUUAUUUUUCACAACUGGCAGACUCCUCUGGUUUAUGAUCCAUCUGUUUUUAUUUUGUUUGUUUACAGUUUUUAAGAAUUAAGAAUGUAUGACAGACGGGAAGAUGAUUUUUUUUUUUUUUUUUUUUUUUGAGAGCGAGUCGUGAACUGAAGGCUCCUGCAAGAAGGAAGCCGGAAGUUUUGCAACCGAGUUCAAAACCUGGUUUGAAAAGUUGACGUUUUUUGCAAUAUGAAAGCAACGAUUUGACUCUUGCUGGGCAAGAAAAAGGCGGCGCUUGGAUAAAUGUAUCAGAGAGGCCUUUUUAGUAGAACUGAAGUACUUAAAGACAAAUUGAACAUCAACAACAACAAAUAGCUGUGAAUCAUAAGAAUCCUUCAGAAAACCUCAGCAGCUCGUUAAAGGAUGAAUCCUCCUGCUGAUGACGUUUCACUGUUCAGUAAAAUCCAAUAUAGUGUUCUCUCCCAAAUCCCAGCCACGGCAUGUACGCUACUGUACUACAAAUCCCACAAUGCCGUGCUUCCCCUUUUACUCCUGACAUUUGCAAAUUAGUGUUUAUGCAAAACUGCAACUGUCUGCAGAGACGUUAGCGAUAGAUUGACUAAAUCAAAACGCAUCAGAUGUUAGAAUAGUCAACAUGAGCCAUUUCAGACAUGUGAGCAGUGAUACUACAUUUCCCAGAAUGCAAUGAAAGCUAUCAGGGGAGCAUGAACUUGUUGUGUUGAGAAAAAGGUGAAAACAUGCAACAGAACGUUUUUUAAAAGAGCAAAUUAACAAAAAAAAAAGGAAAGGAAAGUUGCAUUGCUUUACCCGAGAUUAUUCUGUGUUUUAACUGCAAUGCAUUUUGGGAUUUUGAGUCCAGAAAACAUUUCUGUUCUUUGGAUAAACUGGUACACUGGAUUUUCAUUCCCAUUCGAAAAACAACUUUAUUCUUAGUUGAAGAAAGUCAAUAAAACUACUUUGUCAGGUUCAGGAAACAUAGUGGAUGAGAAUAAAUAUGUUACUUCUAUACAAGUGUUCAUAGGUUGCAUACUACAACAUUAACAAAUUAAAAUAACUCUCUGUUGCCGUGUGUUUUCACACUGGAUACAAACAGCUGUCUCCCGAGUUUUUCACCUGACUUCCUCUUUUGCAGCUGUAAUAAUUACUGCUGCCACUAGAGGUCGCCACCGAACAACAGACAUAAAUAUGUCUCAGUGUCAGCAUCUAGUUCUAGCUCUUAAAAAAUGAAUUAAACAGUAUGUGAUCAUUAUCUGAACAGUGUCACAUCAUCUCUAGGUGGAUUUUGUCUUUGAAGGUCUCUCUGAAGGCUUCACACACUUAUAUUGUAAGAUAAAGGUCACAGGGUCGAUGCUAACAAGCUGCGUGCGGUGUUGUAGUGCCCUUGCGCAAGACACGCAGCACCAGUGUGCACACUUAAAGCCGUCAAUGUCCUUUCGUGCUGGAGUGUUACUAAAAACAAACAAACCUGCCCAGUCGCUUGAGAUUUCAUCGCUGCUCUAUAGUAUUAAUACUGAAAUGAAGGCACGCUGUGAGACUGACAGAUCACGCAGCGUUAUAUAAACAGUUUAUAUGUCGGUUUGUUAAAGGAGACUCUGAAGUCUGUGGUGGAUCCUUCCUCAAGCUUGGAAAAAGUGCCAAAUUAGUCUUAAAAGUCUAUUUCAUCGAGUUCACCAGAUCUCUGAACCAAAAACUGCACUGUCGAAUGUAGGCGGGCGGAGGGCACGCGCGCAGCGAAGGAUCAUGGGAUUGCCAAAACGGUUAUCUCCGUUUAUCCUUUCAUGCAGUCGUCUUCCUCCAGCCGACCCCCCCAAAAAAACGCAAGGGUUGAAAUGUUUACAGAGUCUGUUUUUAGCAAAGUCACAAAGAAAAAAGGGAAAGAGACAUUCAAGUGGCAUCGAAGGGUUCAGAAACACGAUUCACUCGCUGCUAAAUGGAAAAAAGGUGUUAACACUUUACUGUGCAAUGGCCUUAUUCCAGUGUGUGGACUGAGUUUGUGUAGAGAGAGAGAUGUGAUGUAUUUACCCAACAAGCUUGUGUCGGUACUUAAAUGAAAUCUCCCCACCCCCAAUAUUUAAAAGUACUUAAAAAGAUAAUUUGUGUUUAAUUCUGUUGCUACACUGGGAGGGUUUUGUGUUUUUCCAGCACCAAAUUAUUUACUCUGUCGUCGGUUUGUGCGCAGAAACAAGGUCUUUGUAAAGUGAAAGGUUAUUUCUGUUGUUAAGUGCAGUUUUUUGGCCCUGAAAUCUAUGAAGUGCCUGGAAUAAAUUUCGCGAAACAAAGAAAAAAAAAGGAGAUUAAUUGAAUGAUUUUGAUCAUGUUUUGAAUGUAUAAUUGCAACUAAAAAAAGGAAAUACAUACAAAUAAAGAAGAGCAGUUCUCACUAAAAGCAGGCUAUGUACAUUUUAGCCAGAUAUUAUUUUUGUUUUUGUUUAUCAAGUGAACAAGACGGACAAACAGGCACUUGUGUAGAGGUGGAUGGAUCUAAUGAAACGGAUGGUGUUUUGUUUUAUUUAUUCUUCCAUGCUGGGUAAAAGCUUUCCCUAUGGUGAGAGUAUUUUUAUUCAUAGCUAUCUGCUUUUCAGUGUUGUUUUUUUUUUUUUUUUUUCAUUAAAGAGCCAGAAGAUGAUGAUGAUGACGAUGAUGAUGUAGAGCAGUCAUUUUACUAGAUACUGAUGGCCCCCAUCAGGCUUUGCUCCUGGCUUAAUUUAUCCUUUAUUGUAUUUUAUUCGGAUGCCCUCCCUGCCCUGUUUCAUACUGACGGCCUCUGUCUGUUCAAUCACUUUUAAAGAGUAUGCUUUUGACAUCUGUCUUGUUUACGGCGACGAAAGUAAAGCAAUAUCUGUGAUGAGACUAAAAAUGUCCUGCUGAUCAGCGCAAGUCAGCAAUAGUGAAGUGACUCAUGGAAACAAUUUAGAUGCUUAAAAACUUUGUAAAGCCAGAUUGCUGCAAUUUGCGUGAAAGUAGGACUCAAUCUCUGAGUCACAGCAAAGUCAGAUCUGAGAAAAAAGACGUAAUGAACAUGUUUAUAUUUAAAUAAGAAAUCAGAGAAAAAUACAAUACAGAACUUGCCUUAGAAUUGUCACAAUUUUAAGUUUUUUCAGAAUCAAAGAAAUACCAAAAUAUUUUUUGGGGACAUUCUUUGGUACAUUGCAAACAGGAAGUACAAAGAGCUAAUUCGGCAUGCUUUUAAUUGCGCUAAUGCUAAGGCAUGUUGACAUAGCAACUGUUUUAUUCUAACAGACAAGCUAUCAAUUAGGCUGCUCUGAUUAGCUUAGCUUAGCCCAUGUAGCAAUACCAGACAACUAGUGAGCUGUCAUUUUAUAAGUUUCACUCACUCACAAAGUGGAAGCUGGCAGGUUAAGCUAACUACCUCCCACCCAGAAAGAGGAAGCUAAUUAGCCUAGCUACCUAGCAUUGGCAGGAUUCCCACUCAAACUGAAGAUAAAAUGUGGUAUUUCUUAUGAUGUUCCCUCUGAAAUAUGUCGCUGCCUAAACUAAAUACAAAAAAAAUAAUAAAUCUUGACUUUUGUGAGGAGUUUUAGUGUGCCGUAAAUAAUUUAAUUUAAAUGUUUUUCCAUCAAAUCUUUUGUGCAAACACUGAAUAAUAAUCUGAAACAGUGUUUGUGUCUGCAAUAUAUCACCGGCUCUGAUGGAAAAAAGUGUCUGUAUUGGCCUCGAGACAGAUGUGCGUUGCUCAACAGACAGAUGUUAAAAACAACACAUUCCUCACAGUGUUUUUCUUUUGCUGUGAAUGAUAAACAGCCGCGGCCUCGGCAGGGAGGGACUCUUACUGUAUGUACAGUCACACAUCGGCCUUUAACCACCUGUCGUCUCCACUCUGACUGACUUAUUUAUUCUCUUUUUAUGUGCAACAUAAAGACAAAAAUCAGGAUUGAAGAUCACAACACAAAACAACCCACAUAUCUUUGUUUAUUUCAGGUUGGAGUGGUUAGUUUUCACACAGCUUUCAUUUUCCUCCUGCAGCUCUAACCUGACGACAUUAGUCCAGAUUAAUUUAUAGUUUGAAAUGUGCUUUUUUUUUUUGUUUGCGCUGAUGUACACGAGUAGAGUUUUAUGUAGCCGUGUGAGCUAUUUUGUACCGAAUAUUAGAGAAGAAACGACCUUUCAUACACAGUUUAUUCUCUCCUCCGUUACGUUUUGCAUUCCACGUCAGGUUUUUCUACAACAAUAGAGACAAAAAUCAUGUUUUUGUCGUUUGUUUUCAACCCCACAUAAUUUAUUUCUCCCCCUCCCUCUGUGCUCAUGUGUCUAACAUAGAAAAAAAAGGUGGAACUAACCAUUUUGGCAUUAUGUGAUUUAUUUCAUUUUAUUUUUUUUUUUUUAAUUCAUAGCUUGUUUGUUGCGAUGUACCUGUUUUGAUCAUGAUGAAUCCUCUGUAACAUUCCACCACAACAUCCCCUCCGGGCAAACAUCUCCCACUGGGGGGAGAAAAAAAAACAACAAUUUCACAACUCUCUCUCUCUCUCUCUCUGUCUCUGUCUCUGUCUCUGUCUCUCUCUCUCUCUGUCUCUCUCUCUCUCUCUCUCUCUCUCUCUCUGUC